AUGGACCUCAGUGGAACCGAGGCUCAUAUCCUCCUGGUGGGUCUCGAUGCAGCUGGGAAGACCACAGUUCUGUUCAGGAUGAAGCUGAAUAGGGCUGUCUGCACUAUCCCUACAAUUGGAUUCAAUAUGGAAACGAUUGAGCCCAUUCGUAAUGAGUCCUUCACCGUCUGGGAUGUCGGUGGCCACGAAUUGAUCCGACCGCUGUGGAGACAAUACUCUCAGAACAGACAUGGACUGAUCUUUGUGGUGGACAGUGCUGAUUCGGAGAGAUUUCCUGAAGCAAAGAGUGAACUUGAAGCCAUUCUUGAAACUGAUGAUAUGAGAGGGGUCCCACUUUUGGUGAUGGCCAAUAAGCAGGACCUUCCAGGUGCCAGGAAAACACUGGACGUAGCCGAGGCACUGGGACUGAUGAAGAUACAGGAUCACCAGUGGCAUAUCCAGGGAUGCUGUGCUGCAACAGGGGAUGGAUUGGUGGAGGGGCUGGAGAUCUUCACCAACAUGGUGAAACAAUUCAGAAGCCAUACUGAGUUGGGAGUAAGAGCAUCUUGUCUGACUUGA